GCUAGACAUCAAGGAGUAAUAACGGGAAAGCAGCGAGUAUGAAUUGAGACUGACUGGAAAAGACUUUACGGAGAAAAACAAUUGUACGAGUCAAAGACGAAGAAAAGCAAAACAAAAGAAGCGUCACGGUUGCGGUUUGGAAUCCAGAAAGCGGGAGUACGACGGCAGAUGUAUCAGUGAAAAGUCUACGCGGAAGCCCCACUAAACUGAACGGAAUUGCGCUCGCCGUGACAGCUCAGGAUGGAAGUAAAUCAGAGUGUUUACCGGCUGAUAUUUUUCCCAUAAACGCUUGGUGACGCAUUGAAAUCUGUUUUAUGAUCUACGGAAAGUAGAAAAUUCUCAGUCGCGAACUGAAAGGUCUCAAUUGUUCUUUGAGUCGGCUUGACAGCGCGCAAGAUUGGACGACAGCGGGAGCACCCACGAUUAUAAUCCGAAUUUUUGAGUGAAUUGUCACUGAUUGACCAGCGGAAGAGGCGUUUGAAUUCUUUGAGCUUUGCAUUUUUAAAUGCAAAGCGGCAACACAUCCUCUUAACGAACUGAAGAUGUUUUGCGUAUGGAAGCGCGUUCUCCUUGUUACCUAUCCAUUCGUUUGACAUUUCAUCUCUAUAAUCGAGACUAAAUUCUGUUCUCACCCUCAUUGUAUUGUGAAAAAAGUAUAGUGAAAUCGGCCAGUUUUCAAUCCCUCCUCCACUUGGUCAUUUUGUGCCUGUAACUUGCACUUCAGCACUUUGACUCGUCAUUGUUGUUGUGAAUGCAGGUGUUUGUUUUGAUCCUGCAGCCAACGAAAACAUUUAUCACAAGCUAUAGGUUGUUCGCCUGUGUUUUGAGCUCCUGGCUCGCUACACCCCUCUUUUGCGACUUGCCAACGAAUAAGGUCGCCUGUAGACACCUGCGGACUUUGCCAGUUCCACUAAAGCGGGAAGGGCAGCUUUGUUUUUCCCCCCCCCCACACAAGGAAGUCACUCCUAGACCUGCAUAUUUGGCAUAUCAGGAUUGAGCUACAAAGUUAUAACUGAAGAAAAGGGGCAACACGACCCCAUUGUUGCUACCUGUACCUGCCUUUUGACUCAAUUUAAGUCACUGUAGGAUACCUAGACGGAAAAUGAGAAAAGCUUACUAUUUUUAGCAAGAGUGAUGGGGUAAAUGCUGUUGAAAACUGAGACCCCCACCCCCACCCUUAAGGCUACCAACACUUCCAGGUUUAGCUCUGGUUUCCUUGUCAGCUGCUGAAUUAUCUGGAUUGUAAAAUUGAAGUGGGGGGGUACUGUCUCAAGGAUCUCAGUGAAAUCCCACUCCUGUGAACAUUUUCUCAAAAAGUUAUUGAUAUUUUAACAAAUGGAAUCCCCUCGGCAUCAUGGAACAAUGAGUCUAGAUACAAUACAAGUAAUGCAAACUUUAGUAACCAAAUAAGUUAAACCCCAUAUAAACAGAGAAAUAUAAAUAUCUAUAUGUGUGUGUGUUGCAGAGUAUAUAUAUAUGUAUAUGUAUAUAUAUAUAUAUAUAUAUAUAUAUAUAUAUAUAGCUCUAUAAAAUAUAUGACACAAAUAGUUUGAAUAUGUAUAUUUUUAUGCCAAAAGUUAGCAUUGUUGCCUGAAACCCAAUCCAUUGCCUUAGAAAAACAUAUAGUAAUAAAGGGAAUAACAAGGACAGAAAUUAAACGGUGUUUGAAAUAACUUAAUGGUGCCUUUUUCAUUCAUCAGUUUCUGCUAUCUGUCACUUCAGGAUUUCACAAGUAAAGAUAUUUUUGUGUGUAAAUUUAAAUCCUAAUCUUUAUAUCUUGCCUUUAUGGUUCAAACUUGAGUUUAGUUACCUUUGGAUGUACCCUACUGGAUUAUUUAAUGAAGUUAUAGGCAUGUGAGAAAGGAUUAUCCUAUACUUGAUGUCAGCGACGUUUUCGAAAGUACUUUUUGGGAUCCCAACAAACUCGAUUAGAGUCAUUCUUUGGAUAUCACGGGCCAACGCAUAAGCAUUUCAGAUGGUGAUAACUUCAUCUGUGGAGGAGAAGCCGCAGCCUUCUAACAGAAUGGUCGCAAACUUGGCGACUGAAUCCUGGAUUGGCAGCCCAGAUCAAAAUCGCUGCUUGCCACAGUCACACCUGCUACGGAAGCCAGCGAAAAGUGGAAGCAGCUCAGGAUGCAAGCCCCCUUCCUCUACCCUCUGCCAGCCUGCCGCCUUGGGCUUCUCCCCCGCUGAGCCAACCAUGUCGAGCCAGCACAGCCACCCCUCCUUCAGUAACAUCCACUCCAUGGCCGACCAGCAGCAGGUGCUGUCAGAUAUGACCAUCCUGCAGAGGAGGAUACCCCCAAGUUUUCGAGAUCCCGCCAGCGCGCCACUACGGAAACUCUCUGUUGAUCUCAUCAAGACAUACAAGCACAUCAAUGAGGUGUAUUACACAAAGAAGAAACGGCGAGCCCAACAGGUUCCCCCUGAGGACUCUAGCAACAAAAAAGAGCGCAAGGUGUACAACGACGGCUACGACGACGACAACUAUGACUACAUUGUGAAAAACGGGGAGAAGUGGCUGGAUCGUUACGAGAUCGACUCACUUAUUGGCAAGGGCUCCUUUGGACAGGUGGUGAAAGCCUACGACCACCACGAGCAGGAGUGGGUGGCCAUCAAGAUAAUCAAGAACAAGAAAGCCUUCCUGAACCAGGCCCAGAUUGAGCUGCGGCUUCUAGAGCUCAUGAACAAACACGACACUGAAAUGAAGUACUACAUAGUUCAUUUAAAGAGGCACUUCAUGUUCCGUAACCACCUGUGCCUGGUGUUUGAGCUUCUCUCCUACAACCUGUACGACCUCCUGCGCAACACCAACUUCCGCGGCGUCUCGCUCAACCUGACGCGCAAGUUCGCUCAGCAGCUGUGCACGGCGCUGCUCUUCCUGGCCACUCCCGAGCUCAGCAUCAUCCAUUGCGACCUCAAGCCCGAGAACAUCCUCCUGUGCAACCCCAAGCGCAGUGCCAUCAAGAUUGUGGACUUUGGCAGUUCCUGUCAGCUAGGACAGAGGAUUUACCAGUACAUCCAGAGUCGGUUUUACCGCUCACCUGAGGUGUUGCUCGGCAUGCCGUAUGACCUGGCUAUAGACAUUUGGUCGCUGGGCUGUAUCCUGGUUGAGAUGCACACGGGCGAGCCACUCUUCAGCGGCUCCAAUGAGGUGGACCAGAUGAAUAAAAUAGUGGAGGUGCUUGGGGUCCCGCCCAACCAUAUGCUGGAUCAGGCCCCUAAAGCACGAAAGUACUUCGACAAGCUUUCUGACGGCCUGUGGACCGUCAAGAAGAACAAGGACAUUAAGAAGGUACUUUAUCCUUCAGCCUCCGAAUAUAAACCACCUGCCACGCGACGACUGCAUGAGAUCCUGGGUGUGGAGACGGGAGGUCCAGGGGGGAGGCGAACUGGAGAGCAGGGCCACGCGCCUUGCGACUACCUUAAGUUCAAGGACCUGAUCCUGCGCAUGCUGGACUAUGACCCCAAGACACGCAUCACGCCCUUUUAUGCUCUGCAGCACAACUUCUUCAAGAAGACAACGGACGAGGGCACCAAUACCAGCAGCUCCACCUCCACCAGCCCUGCCAUGGACCACAGCCACUCCACCUCCACCACUAGCUCCGUCUCCAGCUCUGGUGGAUCUAGUGGUUCUUCCAAUGACAACCGAAAUUACCGGUACAGCAACCGGUACUACAACAGUGGGGUCACUCACACAGACUACGAGAUGCAGAGCCCACAAGCUCCAUCUCAACAGCAGUUGCGUAUCUGGCCAGGAGGGGACGGCGGCAUGGGUCAGCUUUCCAACAGCGGUAGCGAUUCCUCCUACCCCCAACUGCUGUUGCACAAGCCGGCGGCCACGCAGCACUCGCGCCACUUCCUGGGCAACAUGGGGGGCAUGAUGGAGCCGCACCACCCCCACCCCAUUUACGGAAGCCACCACAGCAACGGCAGACAGCUCCGGCAACAGCAGCAGCAGAACCAGCCGCAGGGCCAGGCCUCACAGGGCCAGGGGCUGAUACCCGUCUCCUCCCCACAGAUGCAGGACAGCAUCGAGCUAAGCCUCACCCACCACCACCACCUGGGUCAGUCUUCCAUCAUGCAGCCGCCCCCGUCAAGCUUGGACUCCAGUCAGUAUGGCUCCUCCAACCUCCACCUGGGCCUCUCUGCCUUUCGGACUAGGACAGUCAUGGCCCCCCAGCAACCCCCAUCAGCUUCCCAGCAACAGUUGCCCCAGGCCCCAGCCUCCCAGGACAGCAUGGUCGCUGCCUCCGGCUUGGGAUACAUCCCUCCGUGCUACGCCGGCAGCAACAACAAUAACAACCCGCCGCAGGGAAGCGUCGGAGUAGGGGGAAUGCUCACUGGGGGGCCGCCGCCCAGAGGAGUCGGGGGAGCUGGGGGGCGGCCGGAUUCCGAGGAAUCCGCUAUGAUGGCAGUGUGCGGCAGUGGCAGUGGGAGCUGUCAGAGUGCAGCCAACUCUUGAUAAAUCUUGAACAAAUUCCAAAAGCCAUACAAAAAUUUUAACAAAAACAUAACAGUGACAAAAACGCCACACACACGACAUGAAGUAAACAUAAAACACAUAUACAUGGCCACAAGUAACAGAAUUGCAAGGAAAAGCUUGUGAAAUAUCAAACAGUUGAUUUUGUUUUUUGUUCAUUUUGGUUUUGCAUGGGGAAAAAGGUAAAGGGAGGGCAUGAAGGGGAUGAUUUUAAACUAUUUUUAUCGUUUGUUUGUUUUUCUUUUAUUGAAGGAGAAGAGCAGUGGGUGAAGUAGUCGUAAAAGGUUUCAGAAAGUUUGUUUUUACCAUUGUUAAAUCGUUUGUUUUUUGUUUGUUUGUUUUUUAUGCGAUUUCAGGGCAGAUUUGCAGCAGGUUUUUUUUUUGUUUUUUUUGUUUUUUGUUUUUUUGGGAUUGAAAAAAUUGAUGUUUUGUCAAUACGACAACAGCAGGAGCACGUACCCUUAUUCUUUAUCUUUUUUUUUUUUUCUUAAGUUUUGCCAUAAGUGUAUACAUUUAAUUUAUUAAAAUUCACUACGUAAGGAAAUUAGAAAGAGAUCUAAAUUUAGAGGUGUGUUUAUUUAUUCAAUGUUUUAUUUAUGCAGUUAUUUUUUUUUUUAUCUUUCAAGGGACAUAUUACACUUAUGCAUAGAAAACAACAAGCAAAACAAAACUGGGUUUGAAUUUUUGUUUUGGCUUCAUUUUGUUUUUGGUUGCUUUUUUUUAGUUGAGUAUAUUUCACCCACUCACCUACACAUGCACAACUUACAAACACACACACACACACAUUUUUUGUUACCUUUUUUUAUGUUUCCAAUCUCUCUUGACACACUGGCUUCUAUAUCUGAAACUAUGAAACAAAUCCUACGAUUGAAAUAAAGCAAAUGACAGAAACUGUUUUUAGUCACCAAACAGUGAAAGAAAGAAAAAAACUACUAACAACUAGAGGAGGAGGCUGAACCAUGAGCCGCUUUCACAAGGAGAGGGGGAACGUAACUCAGCUUUCACAUUGAGGAAGUGAUACAGGAAAGUCUUGUAAAACAUCAAAACAUUUUGUCAGAUGGAAAACCAAAAUGCUUCCCUGUUGUUCAUUUUAAAAAAUUGUCUGCCGCCUUCAUCUCACUAGACUCUCACCUCUCUGUUGCUCUCUUUUGUUUCGGUCUCUCUCUUUUUUUGAACCCUUUUUUGUUUUGGAUAGAAAACUAUGAAAGCGUUAACACAUUUGUAUUAAGUCUGGAUAUGCUAAGCCAAAUCUUGCUGUCACUCCUCUUUCUAUAGCUCUCUCUCUUUAUUUUCUUACCCCAUAUUUCUGUUUGAAGGAAGAGUCUGGGACGAGAUUUAGCAGGAGGGUGGAAUACUUCAAUUUGAAGGGACACUUUCAUGCCCUCCUGACUGUGGCCCCUCCCACUCUGACUUCAUUUCCUGCCUCUCAUUUUCCUUUCUCUCCUGUCUUUAUUCUCCCCCACCCCCAUCAAGCCAUCAAGUCAAAAAAAAGUGAACUACUCUCUCGGCUGCUAUCUCCACUCUCAACCAUGUUCGGAUUGCUGCUAAAGAAAACAGACAGAUAAAUGAAUAAAUAAUAAAAAUGAAAACUUUUUAACCCUCCUGCUUCAGAAAAAUGAAAAAUAAACCACUGCAUCUCAUAUAUUUAUUACUAUUUAACAAGGAAAAAAGAAUCUGUUUUCAGCUGUUUUGGUUUUUUUUUUGCUUUCUUUCUUGGUACAGGUUAAAGCUUGACAUUUAUAUUAUGUAACGGAAACAUGGUAUUAAACAAGUGCCUCUAUUUAUUGGUCAGCCACUGGACAGAAUUGAACAGAAGGUGAUUAUAGGAGUUUGAUCUAGGUUUAUUAUAUGUAUAGCUCAAAAUUCAAGCCUCAUGCAACUGUGUAGAAAUCCACUACAAUUCAGAAUCAUGUGAAAACUUCAUUUUGGAAGCGAGCUUCAGUAUGACUGACCAAUACCAUAUAUUAAAUUAACUGAUGACAUCUUCAUCCAUUGUAAUCUGUGUACAUAGAAUCCAUGCAUCAUCCAGUUAACGUUAAAGCAAUGUUAGAGUGAAAUGUCAUUUUCAAAGUUAAUUCUAAUGACUGGGAUUCGAACCUGCGACCAUAGAGGCGACAGGACCUGCAAACUACCUUAUUCUCAGAUCAGUGAUGAUGACUGCUGUCCUUUAUGUUCUUAAUAACCAGUUAAAACUUGUAAUUGGCCUCACUGGCUUCUUUACUUUGUAAUUUUUUUCAACAUCAUCCUUCAUGAGAGCAUAAUGUCUGAAGUAUUAUGAUAUCAGUUUUGGUUUCUCUAUUAAAGAGAGAGUUGCCUCUGUA